AUGUCGACAGGAGCACCAAAACGUCGCGCGACCCAAGCUGCAGAUAACCCUGUCAAACGAACCAGGGUUUCCAGAGCAUGUGACCAAUGUCGCCUAGCAAGAGAAAAGUGCAAUGGAUUGCAGCCCACAUGCUCGACGUGUUCGACAUCUAGAAGAGCAUGCACUUACACAGCAAAUGUCAAGAAGAGAGGCAUUCAGCCAGGCUACAUCCGUGCUCUUGAGCUAGCCCUUGCCUAUCUCUUCCAGCAUGAUCCGGAAAAUGAAGCCCUAGUGCAUGACCAGUUGGCCCAAAAGGGCUCAUCCUCUUUAUUACUGAGUCGCGAUUCAAAAGAGUCGAACAAGCUUCACAGACGUUGGAGGAAAGCUCGUUUCUAUACCGAUGUCGACAAGCUUCUAUCAGGCGGCGAGCCAUCGAGGCACGAUCAGUCAGAACCGGUAUCGUCGGAUAGUGACGAUGAGUCAGCUGCAGAAGACUCAUCUUUCGCUGCUGCGCUCGUGUCAACCAAUACUCAAAGUCCCCUGCAAGCGCAGAACCAGUCUACUUCAAUUCAGGAUCCGGGUCAGCCACAUUCCACCUCAUGUCCCUCUCAAACAGGGCUGCAAGAACGUGUAGUUCUGCCGUCAGACAGCUGGAGACUUCUAGAAGUCUAUUUUACCUACAGUCAAGCAUGGUUGCCAAUCUGUUCGAAACAGGACGCUUUGAGAACAUUGUAUUCGUAUCCGACUGGAGGCAUUGUUCUCUCUUCGAAAUCCUCUGGAUCAGCUCACCAUGCAGAGCUAUUCAGUAUCCUAGCUGUGGCCAGCAUGCAUGAUACGGCAAAGCCAAUUUCGGCGAAGCAACCAAAUUCUGUGCGUACUUUGCCGGAGGAGAUGUAUGCGAUAGCUAGAUCUUUGAUACCGGAAGAGGUGGCCCUUCUUGGUAUCGGUCAUGUCAAAGCUCUGGUUAACAUUGCUCUCGUCAGCCUCAGCCGAUCGUCCCCUCAAACUGCAUGGUUACUCGUGGGGCUUGCGUCUCGCACUCUCCAGGUCAUGGACCAGCCUCUGGUUGACAGCAACUCGACCUAUAAGCAUGUGCUCCAUGGGUGCUUCCUUUUAGAUAGUCUAAUCGCUUUACAUCUUGGCCAACGCCCAUACCUCCACGUGGACGAAGCCCGAAGGUUCGGAAGCAUAGACGAAGAUGGCCUUGAUGAAUGGCAACCUUGGCUCGGCGCCCUCGAUACAGGUCAGCAACCCAGAGCACCGACUAUGGCUCUCAGUAGCUUUAACGCCAUACUGGAUCUCAUCAGCUUGCUAAGUGACAAUCGCAAGCCCACAGCAGAAGCGCUAACGCGUUUGGGCCUCUGGGAAUCUUCCUUGCCCGUCAAGUUAGAUUUCAUUCAUACUUUGGGUAUAUCCGAGACCCUAAAUCCGGCAGCAAUUCUUCUGAGAAUGGCUUAUUAUUGUACACGCCUCGUUUUGACUUCGUCUGAGCAAUGGCUUCGGCGGUCACUAGAGCUAUUUGAACGCGCUCAAACCGAUAUCGGCUGGUGGAACUUACCGCCUGUUCUCCCGAUCCUAUUCAGCGUGGUUCAAAAGCGUAGUACCGAAAUGUCCCUAGGGCGUAGUGUGCAUGAUCGCCUUGUCCAGGUACAGGUUGCUUUAGAUGCAGUCUGGCCGAAAAUGAAGCUAGGCACAUCUACGGUCCAGGCCAGCACCGCUACGAGACCCUUGUCAAAUGAACAAAGCCUCCCGCAGCUAUUCUCCGGAAGCCAUGCGGGGACCGAGUCCUUCCCGCUCCGCCCUGUCUCAGCCGAUAUGCAGCCAGCAAACCCACCGACUGGGUAUAUCGACCCAAUCCUGGAACUUGCAUCAUCCAAUCAGACAGGCUUCCAAUAUCAGCAAAUGCCGAGCGACCUUGAAGGCUUCUUUGACGAGCUAGCAUCUCUAGACACCGCAAACGAUGUGGACAAUCAGCCGCAAUUCAUGCAGAAUCUGGGAUUUGCGCCAGGCGCCAACAUGGCAGACUUGUUCAGCGAGUAUACCACGGCGUUUAUGUCGAACAAUGACAACGAUAGUGUGAAUUUGGAUCAUUAUGGUUUUUACGAGGGCCAGUUGGGAUGA